UUGGCUGGGCAAGUGUGGGAACGGACGCCUAGCGGGGUUCACACACCCCGCCGCGGCGCGGCCUUAAAUAGCUGGCGGUAGGUUCCGCGCGCGGGCUUGGGGCCGAUACCCACCGGAGGUCGCGAACGCUCCGCCGGGCCUGGGGGCGCAGGGCGCACCAUGCCCGCAGACACUCCGGGAAAGCCGAGAGUCUCGCCGCUCGCUGGAGCACCGGCCAGCGCCAGCCGGACCCCAGAUAAGCCCCGCAGCGCAGCCGAACACCGCAAAUCCUCCAAGCCGGUCAUGGAGAAGCGGCGCCGAGCGCGCAUCAACGAAAGCCUCGCUCAGCUCAAGACCCUCAUCCUGGAUGCGCUCAGGAAGGAUAGCUCUCGCCACUCGAAAUUGGAGAAGGCAGACAUCCUGGAGAUGACUGUGAGACACUUACAGAACCUGCGUCGCGUGCAGGUGACAGCGGUUCUCAGUGCCGACCCCGCCGUCCUGGGCAAGUACCGCGCAGGUUUCAACGAAUGCCUAGCCGAGGUGAACCGUUUCCUGGCCGGCUGUGAGGGCGUCCCAGCCGACGUGAGCUCCCGGUUGCUUGGCCACCUGGCGGCCUGCCUGUGCCAGCUGGGGCCCUCGCGCCGCAUGACCUCUCUGACCCCCUCCGCAGAAGCCCCAGCAGCCGAAGUCUACAUGGGCCGCCCGCUGCUGCCGUCCCUCGACGGUCCCUUCCCCUUGUGUCCCAGGGCCGCCUUUGUGCCGCCGCUCCUGCCGGGACUGACUCAGGCACCUCCUGCUGUCCUCACUGCGAGGCCUCAAGACUCGAGCGGGCCCUGGAGGCCGUGGCUGUGGUGAGGUGCGGUGGGUCCUGGAGCCUUGGCGGAGACUGUACCAGGGAAUAUUUAUUUCCCGAGACUCGCGUCGAGUAUUUCGUUUUGUUUUGUUAUCUUUGUGAACAGUCUGGUUCGGCAGCGCCAGCAGCACAGGCUGCGCGACUCUUUCCACCGAGCGCCCAGGUGGCUCAGGGCCCUCCCAGGCCCCGCCCCUCCGACAGGCCACGCCCACCCACCAAACCCCGCCCACCAAAUGGCUCUGUUCCUCAGACUCCGCGCGAUCCCCAGCCCUGAUUUUGUGAGUGCCGCUUGGCCCCCCAGGCUUAGCUUUGCUUUGGUCUGCGAUGGAGCCCGCUACUCUCCUUGGGAUGAGACAGCCCAGGAGGUUCAGACAGGAAGGCGAUAGUCAUCAGACCUCCAGAAUGUACCUCAGUUUUGGAAGGCUGUGGCGUAGCAUCACUGGGCUGGGUUUUUAAAAGGCACCUUUUCUAAGUCCUCCGGACCCUGAAAGGGAGCGAUCUGCGUUUUCACACUGUUGUCCUCUGCCAAGUUGUGCUGCUAUGGGGCUAAGGGGUGACCGCUUUCUACCCUGGAGCCUCAGUACUGGCAGGCUGGGUCCACUUGCUGCUUUAUUCCCAUGGUUCAAUGCAAAGCUGUCUGCACCCACUCAAGGCUAAGCCUCUCCCAGCAGUAGAGGCUGGCAAUGGUGCCUAGUGCCUGGAAUCAGGAGGUACUACUCUAGGGAAGUCGGGGUCCUAAUACAUACCCAGUAGUAGGAGACUGGGGGUUUCACCCUGCCUAGGUCCUGAGCACUGCAGUUGGGAACCAUUGAAGAUACCACACAGCGAUAUCAGGACCGCCACACCUCACAUCCCCGAAGUCACUGUCUCACUGCCUGUGGUUCCUGAGAGCUGGGACUGGGGGCUAUGCUCCAGGUGCAUGAGGGAGUGAUCCCAGGUGCAAGCUCAGACUACUGUCUCCUUUUGAGCCCCACCCAAGCCUGCACAAAGAUCUACUCCCAGGGGUGACUGAGUUCAUCAGACACUUGCCUGGCACCUGCCCUGCUGGGGCCAUCAAGAAGGAGGAGGCUUCCUGCUGAGUAACAGGUGAACCCUCUCUUCUGGCUAGAGGAGCUGGUGGUCAUGGCUCCCCAGUCCCCUCCAGCAGCCCAGUGCCUCCUUCAAGCCCAGUGACUGGAGCAGACCAAGCCUCAAUGAAUGUUUGCUGAACUUCUGUGCACUGUUGAUCUGCAUGCCUCUGUGGUAUCUAACCUGUAUGUUGGGUCUUCUGUCUUCAGUGAGACAAGGGCUUGGGGACUGAACAAUAAUAGAGAUCAUAGGUAUAUGAAAUCUGGAGAAUAGGUCCCCAUGGUGACAGAAUUUGCUGGCCAGGACCAUUAAACUCUGUUCACUGGGAGAUUGAAAUGGGGAUUGGGCUCUGGCUUAUGAGAGGUGAGUUGGUAACUCCCCUCACAGAGCCCCAGCCUCCUCUCCUCACCUAGCAUCCCAGUUCCAGGGCUGCCCAGUUCCAGGGCUGCCUAGGGUUCCACACCUUUGCCUGGGUGCUCUCCCUCUGUUCCUCAGUUAUAGAAACAAGCCCAGGCUUUGCAGCCUCUCGAACAGCCUCCAAUGGUUCAGUGCCCCACGGUUGGCCUGUGUGACCAGUAAAGGUCCUACAGAGGUGAUGGGAUAUCAUCCAGGUGCAAGGUCCCUCCUGCUCGGUCUCUCUGUGGUCUCUGCCUCUCAUAUUAUUUGCUCUGGGAAACCAGCUUCUUUCCUACAGAGUCAGCAGGAGAGAUGCUCUAAGGCUUCCUUCUAACAGCAAGAGUGAGUGUAGAAGUGGGUCCUUCAGCCCUGUUAGGCCUUCACAUGAUACUGCAACGCUGCCAGGUCUCUACUUUUUAAGAGACCCUGAGCCAGAACUGCCAGCUGAGCUGCUCCUGGACCCUUAGUCUUAGAAA